CUUGUUGAUCCAUACUGAGCCUGUUGAGUCAUGUGACGGAGGUGUAAUCGCUCCCAGGAUUCAUCAUUGUACGCUGGCAGCCUCACCUGUAUUUCCUACUGGCUAUAGAUCAGAUACAUCUUUUUAAAAUGAAAGAUCCACUUGCAGGCUGCACAUAUGACAGGGUUUAUAAGGAUCUGAAGAACAUAUCUAAAAAUGGAGAGAUAUUUUGCAAAACUCUUAUGUCUGCCCUGCAACAGAGGUCUAACCUAGAACUGAGUUAUGCCAAAGGACUGGAGAAGGUAGCGAACAAGCUGACCAAGGCAUUGGCCAGUGUAAAUAAAAAUUGCAUUAACAAUGCCUGGACUUGUGCUUCUGAUGAAAUGAGAACCACAGCAGAAGUACACAAGAAACUUGGCACAGCCAUUCAACAAGAAGCCAUAAAACCAACCAGUCAAGUCUUGGAAGAACAUGAAAAAAAGAAGAAAAAACUAGAUAAUGAAGUAGAGAAGAUGACAAGUUCAGUAUUAAAUAACUGGAAGCAGCAGAUAAAGGUUAAGAAGAAACUUAUGGAACAUACCAAAAAACAUGAAGCUGUUUUCCACCAUGUGGAAAACACCAACAAACAAUCUGUGACGGAAAAAGAAAAGCAGAAGCUUCUCAAUAAGCUAAAAAAAUCUGUAGAGACACUGACCAAAAUUGAUGAAGAAUAUUAUCAAGAGAAUAUAAUCGGUCAAACAGUGCGGCUUAAAUGGGAAAAUGUGCUGGAAAAUUGCUAUAAGAGUAUUCAAGAUCUUGAAAAAGAAAGAAUACAACUGCUUUCUCAUAUCCUUACUCGGUACAACCAGCACAUUUUAACUUUCGAACAGACACUAAACACUUGCCAAAGCCAGAUUGACCAAGCCAUCAAAAGCAUUGACGUUGAAAAGGAUACUCAGACAUUCAUGGAGGAAACAGCGAUUUAUUCUGAAGACAACAAAUCAGAAUUUCUUCUGAUGGAUUAUUUUGAGGAAGACAAUUCUGUUAUAAUGGACAAGGCAAGAAGGAUAGCUUCCAUUAAUAUGAAACUUGAGAGACUGCAGAGUGACAUCGAUAAGGCACAGAAAGACAAGGACGGACUGGAGAAGAUGCUAAAGGCUUAUGUAGAUAAUCCAGCAUUUUCUGAUGUGAAAAAUGAAGAAAAUACAUAUGUACUUCUAGAAGAGACAAACCUAAAAAUACAUUUGUUGGAAGCAAAUCACUUCAAACUAUUAUCAACCCUUGCAGAGCUUGAAGGAAGGCCUGUGUCGCCACACCCAUGCAGCGAACGGAUCUCAAAAUGGAAAGAAAAGGGUAGCCAGCAUUCCUCUGUUUAUAUAUCACGCUCAAUCAAUACAAAAAAACUAAAACGCUUGGAAAGCCACCGGAUUUCUAACAGAUCUAGAGAAAGGAUGAGCCACUCAGUAUCUUUUGAUGACUCAGCUGUACCUGAUACCACUGAUUACCCCAACAGACCCCCAAGAGGCCUUUCCAGGAGGGUUAAAGAUCUUCAUGAGGAGAACACCUCCAAAAAUGAAAUAAAUGAACAUCGACGAAGCUCAUGCACAGUUUUAUACCCGUAUAAACCCCAACGGCAGGAUGAGCUGGGAUUGCAAAAAGGUGAUCUUCUAGAAGUUCAUCACAGGGACGAUGAUGGCUGGUGGUAUGGAAGCCUCAAUGGGAAGAAAGGCUAUUUCCCCUCUACUUAUGUUGAGGAGCACACAGCAGAUCAAUCAUCUCAUGCAUAGUGAAAGCUUGCAAAUGUACUGAAGCAUUCACAGAACCAAGAUUAAGCUCAGCUGCUUAUUUGUAAAUGGAUCAAUGCUGUAAUUCUGAUUUCAUUUUUGUUGUCUGUAGAAAUAGCUCAAACCAUUUUCUCCCAUAAAUAGCUUGCACAGUUCCACAGUAUCCAUAUCUGAUGUUGAAUUUUAAGUAGUCCCCUUAGAGUAUAAAUUUCUAGUUCACUCUCCAAUUCUAAUAAAAGGGUAGGAAUGCUGCCCACAGAUUCA